UGGUUCCUUUAGUAGGUCAGGCUAGAUGGCUCCCGGAACAUUGUCAAGUUGAAACCAAACUCCUUUAGCCGAUUGAGCUGUUUUGAUUAUAAUCUCUUUUAGUUAUUGUGUUUUGAUCGUUCAAACACCACCAUAGCCUGUAGAAUGGAGAUCGGUGCUUUAUCAUGAAACUCCGCGCGCAGUAUGACAGAGGAGCAUAUAGCGAGUCCAGAAGAGCGUUUAAACUGAGGGAUUCACCUGAUCCGAUGCAAACCGAUCCGAGCCCGCAGGGAGGGAACGGGCUGUCAUUAACCCUGCAGCCGGAGCUGCUCGCCCGAAUGCCCGGCGCUGGAAGUGCCAACAGGCCGGAAACAGACGAGGACGUCCGGGUUUCUAUCGGCAGCGGAAGCGGUGCGACGUCGCGGAGGCUGAGAGCAGCGAGCCACAGCCACGGACACACACACAGCCAUGAGCACACACACAGCCACGAGCACGAGUCAGACAGCAGCGAGUCUGACCUGGAGUCCGGAGAAUCCAGCAGCUCGUUAUCGGAGCUGCGCUACCUCCUGCGCUGGCUCAAGAAGAGUCUUCCCUUCAUAGUUAUUCUCUGUGCGAAACUAGUCAUCCAGCAUGCCCUGGGUCUGGCUGUUGCAGUUGGUUUGUUUACCACCUUUAUGUAUGUCAACAAAAGCAUUCAAACGCAAGUCUUUCUCCACGACCGAAGGACAAAGUUGCAUUGUGCCUGGCUUUUGCUGUUCCUCACAUCCUCCAGUCUCCUCGUGUUGUACACUUUUCACACCCAGUCACUUUAUCGCUGCCUCAUUUUUGCCAACGCUACAAUAGAUUCUCAGAACUUCUGGGAGGUUUUAUGGAGUGUCGGUGUGACUAACUUCAUUUUGAAGUUUUUCUUCAUGGGGCUCAAGUGUCUUAUUCUCCUCAUCCCCUCCCCGCUCAUGACAUACCGGCGAAGGGGUCAGUGGUACAUGCUCAUAGAGGAGGUGGGUCAGUUGUAUCAAGUGAUCGCUCCUGUCCCGCUUUGGUUCCGCUAUCUGGUCAGCUACGAUGAGAUGGACACCUCAGUGGGUCUGACUCUGGGAAUCCUGCUAGCCUUGAUCUACCUCAUAAUGAAGCUUUUGGCCUUGUAUGGACUGUCAGGAUCAUUGCAAAAACAAUUACGGACUUUUUUCAGUCCUGAGGUGAACGGAGCUCCAGUCAGUCCUGCUCAGAUUAGGGAGGCAGGUGACAUUUGUCCGAUCUGUCAGGCUGAUUUUAAGCAGCCUCGGGUCCUCGUGUGUCAGCAUAUCUUCUGUGAGGAGUGCAUCGCCCAGUGGCUUAACCAGGAGAGAACCUGCCCUCUCUGCCGCAUUGUCAUCACAGACAAGGUGCAUAAGUGGAAAGAUGGUGCAACAUCAGCUUAUUUACAAAUAUACUGAAAUCUCACAGAAAGGACGGAAACACAGUGUUGUGGCAUGUUGAAACAUUCAACCAGCAGUGGAUCCACAGAAUGUGGAUUGUUCCUCUCAGACAUCUCCAUUGAGCAAACAGCACUUGUUAUAAGGCAAAGGGCUCUAGAAAAAGCUCCAGUUUUGAAUUUUUGAAAUAUAGAUAACUUGUCAAAAGGACAAGUGUUUUCACCAGCUCUUGUAUUAUUAUUAUUAUUAUUAUAACUAUUAUUAUUGUCGCUUUAUUUUUUAGUGUUUAUAAUUUAUAUUCCUCUUUUUGUUCUUGCAUGUCAUCUCUGGUUUUACUAAUUACCUUGUGGGUGUAACCAUACUUUUGGUAUGAUCCUUUGUCAGAUACUGUGGUUUUUGCAACUUAAUUUGUUUUAAAUGCAUUUAAGACUCCAAUCAUAAAGAGUUCUGGAUUUUGCAUUCAAUUUGAAGUAUUCUGAUUUCUUUGGUAAUAAUCUGAAUGUGAGUUAUUUGCACAUGAACUACUGAUUUAUCAAAUGAUGUAGCAUUAGAAUUUUGUAACCAUGUGAUUUUUGUGACUGAACAACACACAAUGGCUUUUGAAUUAUUAUUAUUAUAAUUCAGGCCAUUCCACAGAUACAUGGUAUUUUUCUAAUCAUGUUGUACUUACGCUGUAAUAAACCAAAGCUUUGAAGACGAAAUAUCUAUUUUAGUAUCAUCAUGCAGUAUGCAGUUACAGUUGUAUUUUUAUCCAGUAUAUUUGACCAAAUAAAUUUUUCAAUCUGUUAAAAAGUGUCACUGAAAUGCUUUGCCCAGUAAAUGCAGGUUUGCUUGGUAAAUGCUCGAAUUCAACUUUAUUGAUUUUGUAGAAUUCACUAAGGUUAAAGGGGUCAUAUGAU